GAGUAAGCUUUGUCUUUUCAGCAGCCCAACACCAAGAGUGGGAGAUGGAUAAGGAUGGGAAUCAGCAUACUGUCCACUUCUUUGCCCUGGACAAUUCUCCAAACUAGUCCCCGGAGUUUUGAUUUUUCUAGGGGACAGACGCAAUAGCCGUGCCAGCCUCAGACUCAGCUCCCACCCCACCCUUUCUUUCAAUCGCCUGGCGGAGCUGGGGAAAAGAGGCGGGGCUCCAGCCCGGUGUUGUCCGCAUCACCUGGGGCCGACCCCCUUCUCUCAGGGGAGGAGAAGAAAGGCCCGCUCCGCCCUCCCGUGGGCAUGCAAAGGCUGUAUGUAGCUGGCACCCAGGCAUUCAGUGCAGCGUAGGGUCCCGGAAAAGAAAAGGAACGCGAGCCCCAGCUCCGCCACCGCGACCGGCUAACUCCGCCAAGCAGCAUGAAGAUGCACUUCAGCAUCCCAGUGUCCCAGCAGCGGCUGGACACAUUAGGGGGUCGCUACGUGCUGUACUCGGUGUACCUGGAAGGAUUCCUCUUCUGCAAGGUGCGCUACAGCCAGCUGCAUCGUUGGAACGAACAGCUGAGACGCAUCUUUGGGAAUUGCCUGCCUCCUUUUCCACCAAAGUAUUAUCUCGCAAUGACCACAUCUAUGGCUGAUGAAAGGAGGGAUCAGCUGGAACAGUAUCUACAAAGUGUCCCUAUGGAUCCAAACAUCUUGAAAAGUGAAGUCUUCAUCCGCUUCUUUAAAUUGCUGCAGCAGGAUACAUUUAAAAUCACCACCAAGAAAGUAUUUCUGGAUGUAUUUCUUCCUGAUGGAAAGAGUAUGAGAAUUGAAAUUCUAACCUCCGACACCACUGAAAGAGUCCUAGAGAUUGUGGCAUACAAAACAGGAUUGUCUCGGGAGCUUAUUGGAUACUUCAACUUGUUCCUGAUCCAGUUCCAUAGUGAUGGCUCCUUAUCUGUAAUGAAAAAAAUGGCAGAAUUUGAACUCCCAUAUGUGAGUCUUCAAAGUACAGAAGUGGAAAACUGUAAGGUUGGACUUAGAAAGUGGUAUAUGGAUCCAUCCCUUGACUCCGUGCUUAUGGAUUGCCAAACUGCUGUGAAUUUGCUGUAUGGUCAGGCAGUUCAGGAAAUUGAAAAAAACUGGGCCAAACCAACACCAGAGCAAAAGCAGGAAUUAGAGACCUUGAGGAAAGCAGGAAACCAGAUAAAGUUUUUGGAGCUGGCCCAGCAAGUGCAGCACUAUGGAUACAUGCAGCUAGAUACCUGUACCUGUGAUUACCCAGAACCUGGUUGUGUGGUUACUGUGUCAGUAGGCAACAAUGAGAUCAGCUGCUACAUAAAAUUGCCAGACAAUCAGACGCAAGAGGUUAACUUCAAGAUGAGCCGGAUAAAAUCCUGGCAGGUUACCUUCCUUGGAACUUUGUUCGAGGAAGAAGAUGGUCCCCAGCAAACCCUCAACCAGAAUCUGGAGCUGAAGUUUCAGUACAAUGAAAGCAACAACAGUUGGCAGUGGUUCACCAUUUACACCAAACAGGCUUUUUUGCUGAGUAGCUGCUUAAAAAAGAUGAUAUCGGAGAAACUGAUAAAGCUAGCUGCAGAAAAUCCAGAAAUGAUUGAAGUCCCCCUGGAACAAGGCAAAAGUAAGAAAUCCUGCCAUCAACAAAGCCAGAUAAACUAUUUUGAUUUUCCAACAAGAAAAAGCAAGAUUUCAGUCAAGUCAACUGAAGAAGACUGCGUGUUUGAGACUAUAAGAGAAGAGGAUCUUUGAAGAAAAAGAAAAAAGAAAUCCAGCAUUUUCUACUUUCUUUCUUUAAAGUAAAUCACUUUAAACAGCAGACUGUGAAUUAACCAGAAGUUGGCUUCAUAUCACCAGUGGAAGAAAUUUGACCCUUUUGACAUUAAGAUUAAAGUUUUACUGUUCAAGGUGUGGGUUACAAAUCAGUGUAAAUAAGAGGAUGAGAAAGAAACAGGAGCAAAAUUUGUCUAGAUUUUAGGGUCAAGCAGGAAACCUGUAUUUGGAAAUAUGUACAUUCUACAGUUUUCUCCUACAGCAAGUAUGAUCUGCCUUUACAAAUCCUCUCCUUCAAUUGCUGAUAAUAUGGCAAUUCAUAUGGCACAAUAAGUGAUCAGCUGUAGCUGGCAAAAUUAUUAAUCUUAAGAGGGCCUCUAUAGAGUUUAGAAUAUUACGAACCUGCCUGUACCUUAAGCAUGAAGGAAGUGGACCAUCUCCCAAUUUACUUUUUAGGGAUGAAAGAAAUACUGGAACUUUAAAUGGCAGGGUUAUGAAUUGGUUGGGGAAUGAAUAAAAAAAGACUCAAAAUGCCAUCUCAACACAAUUGCUGCUGUGUUGAGGCUUUCUAGCUUGUGUAUCUAGGAGUCUGAAUACAUGAUUUAUACACAGUGAAGGAUUAUGAUCAGAACCUACUCUUCUUAGGAAAUGGGAAACUUGGGAGGGAAGACUGGACUUCACUAAUCUACCCAUAAAACUGGGGAGUCAUGAUUUAAGUUAUUAUUUUGAUUAAAUGCCUUUUUUUUUUCCUUUGCUUCAAUGUCAUUCCAAAGCUUACUGACACUGCUCUGGGCCAUUCUGAAACAAAUCAAUGGGCUCUCCUGGCUACCUGUUUCUGUGAUAUUGUAGUAGUGUUCUUUAGUUCAGACUAGAGAUUUAAGAAUGCAAUAGAAAAUUGAUCUUUAUAUUGGAAAUGGAUGUUUUGAAAAUUUGGGGCAACCUCAUGUUUUAUGUCAGCUUAGAAAUCAAAUCUCUCAUCUUCCCAGUAGGUACCGUACACUACUGGUCCUUUUACUGAUCCAUUUCUAGUACAUUAAAAAUAAAGCAAAACAAAAUGUAAUUACUGAUAUCAUUCCAUGGCAUGGGGUUAAGACCACAGAAAAGAGAAGAACUAGGUAUAUGUAGAGAAAUUUUGUUUCAGGUUUCCUAUGUGCAUAAAAUAUUGCAUUGUGCCUUUGGGAUUAUCUAACUAGUAUAAUGCUAAAAAGUAUGAAAUGUAUGAUGUGGAGUUUUGAAGUUGUAUUUGGAUAUUUUGGAUAUUUGGAUAUUUUCUCUUUCUGAAGUAUGUUAAAGUUCAUAAAUAAAUGUCUACAGCAACGAUUUCCAGUA